AUGACACGAUUUCAAUAUUCAACUGAUAAAAUGAGUUCACUCAAUCUGAACGUCAAAAACAAUAAUUACAGCAAUUCUUGCGUUGAGAUGAAGUGGUUUAUGAGUCCAGAGAAAAGUGAUGUGACUUUUAUAGUGGAAGGAAAGCGAGUGCCGGCCGUUAAGGACCUAUUGAUACACAAGAGUCCGGUCUUCGAGGAAAUACUAGACGACUCGUACGAUAAGGAGAUCGAAAUCGAUGGCAUCACAUACGAGGCGUUCAAAAACACCAUUAGAUUCAUAUACUGUGAACACAAUUAUCAAUUAAGCGACGAAAGUGAACCAACGCUAGCGAUGCAAGUGUUUCUCUGCGCCCGGAAUUACAAACUCCAGUAUCUAAUGGAUUGCGUGGAACAGAAGCUCAUUCACAUGACAAACAUGGAUAACAUUGAACUCACCUAUAAAUUCGCCACUAUUUAUGGUUUAGACAAAUUCAUUAAAUCGUUUCACUCGAUGAUGGAAAACAAGUUGUCUGUCAUUCUGGCGAAGCCCGACAUUUUCAUCAAAAGCCUCAACACAAUCACUAAUAACCAUUUAUUAGACGUUAUAAUUAAGUCAAAGAACAAAGAGAUUCAGGAAUUAAAUGACAAAAUCACUGCAAUUACCGCCGAAUUUAAAAAGUCUAAGGAAUUGAAUGAUAAGCUCAUUGCGAAGAAUAGGGCAUUACUUGGCAAUGAAUAUUAA